CAGGCUUUGAGGCAUAAAAGGUUGGGCAGGUGCCCCUACAGGACUGCUCUUCCAGAAGCAAGACAAGCCAAAUAAUGAGUGCUCUGGGAGCUCUCGUCACCCUCCUGCUCUGGGGACAGCUUUUUGCCAUGGACAUUAACAAUGAAGUCACAGAAAUUGCAGAUGACAGCUGUCCAAAGCCCCCUGAGAUUGCAAAUGGCUACGUGGAGCACCUGGUUCGCUAUCAGUGUCAGCCUUACUACAGGCUGCACACUGAAGGGGACGGAGUAUAUGCUUUAAAUAGUGAGAAGCAGUGGGUGAACAAGGCCAUUGGAGAGGAACUUCCAGAAUGUGAAGCAGUAUGUGGAAAGCCGAAGAAUCCAGUGGAUCAGGUGCAGCGCAUCAUUGGUGGCUCUCUGGACGCCAAAGGCAGCUUUCCCUGGCAGGCUAAGAUGAUCUCCCGUCACAAUCUCACCACGGGGGCCACACUGAUCAGUGAACAGUGGCUUUUGACCACAGCCAAAAAUCUCUUCCUGAAUCACACAGAGAAUGCUACAGCAGAGGAGAUCGCUCCUACCUUGAAACUCUUCGUGGGAAAAAGGCAGCCAGUGGAGAUUGAGAAGGUGGUUUUCUACCCAAACUAUUCCAUAGUAGACAUUGGGCUCAUCAAACUCAAACAGAAGGUGCUUGUCAAUGAGAGAGUGAUGCCCAUUUGCCUGCCUUUGAAGGAUUAUGCGGAGGUGGGGCGUGUGGGUUAUGUGUCUGGCUGGGGGCGAAAUGUCAACUUUCGGUUUACCGAGCAUCUCAAGUAUGUCACGCUGCCUGUUGCUAACCAGAGCAAAUGUGUGGAGCACUACGAAGGCAGCACAGUGCCCGAGGAGAAGACCUGGAAGAGCCCUGUAGGGGUGCAGCCCAUCCUGAAUGAACACACCUUCUGUGCUGGAAUGUCCAGGUACCAGGAGGACACCUGCUAUGGUGAUGCUGGAGGUGCCUUUGCCAUUCACGACCUGGAGCAGGACACCUGGUACGCAGCCGGGAUCUUGAGCUUUGACAAAAGCUGCACUGUAGCUGAGUAUGGUGUGUACGUGAAGGUGGCCUCCAUCCUGGACUGGGUUCAGACAACCAUGGCCAACAACUAAUGCAAGGUUGGCUAGAAGCCCUUGCCUGGUAGCAAGAUUUCACCCCGGAAGAGGGAAAAGCAGAUGGUGUAGGAUCGGUUCUGAAGCUGAUGGGGAUCAGCCCUGCACUGCUGUGUCAAUCAAUAAAGAGCUUGUUUUAGACUCA